AUGGGAAACCUCACACACCCUGCAGAAUUCAUCCUGAUGGGCUUUUCAACUACAAGGGAGUUGCAGAAAAUUCUGCUUCCACUGUGUCUAGCACUAUACCUACUAAUGAUAGCUGGGAAUGCUUCUAUCGUGGCCAUGAUCAGUUUUGAUUUCCGGCUUCACACCCCCAUGUACUUUUUCCUGUGUAAUUUCUCUCUGGCAGAGAUGCUGGUUACAUCCACUGUGGUUCCCAGAAUGCUGGUGGGUUUAAUGACUGAAAGGGAUACCAUCCCCUUUGGGGAAUGCUUGACUCAAUUUUACUUCUACUUUUCCUUGGGGACCGCAGCAUUCCUCCUUAUGGCGGUAAUGUCAAUUGACCGCUACGUAGCUAUAUGCCAUCCCCUCCGCUACUCGGCCAUCCUGACUGAUAAUGUCUGCCUCCAAUUGGCUUCUGGCACAUGGGCAACUUCCUUCUUUUCCAUGAUCCUACCAGCUGUUUUCAGGGCCAAGCUGCCAUUUUGCCACUCCAACCAGAUUGAUCAUUUCUUCUGUGACAAUGCGCCGCUGCUCAAGCUUUCCUGUUCAGACACACACCUCAUCGAGCUCUGGGAUUUCUUCCUUGCUGUUCUCUUUGUCUUAAGCUCUUUCACAGUGACCGUUGCCUCCUACAUUGCCAUCAUCAUCACCAUUGUAAGGAUCCCAUCGGCUACUGGCCGUCAGAAAGCCUUCUCCACCUGUGCCUCACACUUCACCGUGGUUGUCAUUGGCUACAGCACCACCAUUUUCAUCUAUGUGAGGCCCAACAAAAACUACUCCACAGAAAUGAACAAAAUUAUAAUCCUGUUGACUGCUAUAGUGACCCCAUCUCUAAAUCCCUUCAUAUUUACCUUGAGAAAUGAGAAGGUCAAAGAGGUUUUUAGAGACUGGUUGGGGCUUCUAAGAAGUCUGUAG